GGCGUGGCGUCUGGGGGCGGGCCUGGGGCGCGCGCGCGCGAAGAUGGCGGCGGCCGCCGGCGGUCCGUGUGUGAGGAGUAGUAGAGAACUGUGGACAAUUUUGCUUGGAAGGUCAGCUCUGAGAGAACUGAAUCAGAUUGAGGCAGAGCUGAAUAAACAUUGGCAGCGGCUGUUAGAAGGGCUUUCUUACUAUAAACCUCCCAGUCCAAAUUCAGCUGAAAAAGUGAAAGCUAAUAAAGAUGUAGCUUCACCACUGAAGGAACUGGGUUUAAGAAUCAGCAAGUUUUUGGGUCUUGAUGAAGAACAGAGUGUGCAGUUACUCCAGUGUUACCUUCAAGAGGAUUACAGAGGUACUCGGGACUCACUAAAGACGGUACUGCAAGAUGAGAGGCAGAGCCAGGCCUUAAUCCUGAAGAUUGCAGAUUAUUACUAUGAAGAAAGAACCUGUAUUCUUCGUUGUGUCUUACACCUUCUCACUUAUUUCCAAGAUGAAAGACAUCCCUAUAGGGUUGAAUAUGCAGACUGUGUUGAUAAAUUGGAAAAGGAACUAGUUACAAAAUAUAGACAGCAAUUUGAAGAGCUUUAUAAAACUGAAGCACCAACAUGGGAGACACAUGGAAACCUCAUGACUGAGCGCCAGGUGUCUCGCUGGUUUGUUCAGUGCCUUCGGGAGCAAUCCAUGCUGCUAGAAAUUAUUUUCCUUUAUUAUGCAUACUUUGAGAUGGCACCUACGGACCUAUUGGUAUUAACCAAGAUGUUUAAAGAGCAAGGAUUUGGUAGUAGGCAGACUAACAGGCACCUGGUAGAUGAGACCAUGGAUCCUUUUGUGGAUCGGAUUGGCUACUUUAGUGCCCUUAUCCUGGUGGAAGGCAUGGAUAUUGAAUCCUUGCAUAAGUGUGCUUUGGAUGACAGAAGAGAACUGCACCAGUUUGCCCAGGACGGGCUUAUUUGUCAGGAUAUGGACCGUUUGAUGUUGACCUUCGGGGACAUUCCACAUCACACCCCAGUGCUUUUGGCUUGGGCUCUCCUCCGUCACACCCUGAAUCCAGAAGAGACAAGCAGUGUUGUCCGGAAGAUAGGUGGCACAGCCAUCCAGCUGAAUGUAUUUCAGUAUUUGACCCGACUACUCCGCUCACUGGCCAGUGGGGGAAAUGAUUGUACCACUAGCACCGCGUGCAUGUGUGUCUAUGGACUCCUUUCUUUUGUUCUGACCUCGCUGGAGCUGCACACACUGGGCAAUCAGCAGGAUGUAAUCGACACAGCCUGUGAAGUCCUGGCAGACCCUUCUCUUCCAGAACUGUUCUGGGGAACAGAGCCAACCUCUGGUCUUGGGAUCAUUCUGGACAGUGUAUGUGGAAUGUUUCCCCAUCUCCUCUCCCCACUCCUGCAAUUGCUACAAGCCCUCGUAUCAGGGAAGUCUACUGCCAAGAAGGUGUAUAGUUUCUUGGAUAAGAUGUCUUUCUACAAUGAACUUUAUAAGCACAAGCCCCAUGAUGUGAUCUCCCAUGAAGAUGGAACUCUCUGGCGGAGGCAAACACCCAAACUUCUUUACCCUCUUGGGGGUCAGACCAACCUUCGCAUACCUCAAGGCACUGUGGGCCAAGUAAUGUUGGACGAUAGGGCCUACCUGGUACGCUGGGAAUACUCUUAUAGCAGCUGGACCCUCUUCACCUGUGAGAUUGAAAUGCUGCUUCAUGUUGUUUCCACUGCAGAUGUGAUUCAGCACUGCCAGCGGGUCAGACCCAUCAUUGAUCUGGUCCAUAAGGUCAUCAGUACAGACCUGUCGAUAGCAGACUGUCUCCUGCCCAUCACGUCCCGCAUCUACAUGCUGCUGCAGCGGUUAACGACCGUGAUCUCCCGGCCUGUGGAUGUCAUUGCUUCUUGUGUCAAUUGCUUGACCGUUCUGGCUGCCCGGAACCCAGCAAAGGUCUGGACUGAUCUUCGUCACACAGGCUUUUUACCUUUCGUGGCCCACCAGGUUUCCAACAUGAGUCAGAUGAUUAGGCCAGCACUGAUGGUUCACAGUCUUCAAAGCCUGAGAGAGAGAGACAGAGAGAGAAAGAGUGCCGAGGGGAUGAAUGCUGGAGGGUAUGGAAACCUCUUGAUGAAUAGUGAACAGCCCCAGGGCGAGUAUGGAGUCACUGUUGCCUUUCUGCGCUUGAUCACCACUCUUGUCAAGGGGCAGCUUGGUAGUACCCAGAGCCAAGGGCUGGUGCCCUGUGUCAUGUUUGUGCUGAAGGAGAUGCUGCCGAGUUACCACAAGUGGCGGUACAACUCCCAUGGAGUGAGAGAACAGAUUGGUUGCCUGAUCCUGGAGCUGAUUCAUGCAAUACUGAACCUGUGUCAUGAAACAGACCUGCACAGCAGUCAUACCCCGAGUCUGCAGUCUCUCUGCAUCUGCAGCCUGGCCUAUACAGAAGCAGGACAGACUGUGAUCAAUAUCAUGGGCAUCGGCGUGGACACCAUCGACAUGGUGAUGGCUGCUCAGCCCCGCAGUGAUGGGGCAGAGGGCCAAGGGCAGGGCCAGCUGCUGAUCAAGACGGUGAAACUGGCAUUCUCUGUCACCAACAAUGUUAUUCGGCUGAAACCUCCUUCUAAUGUGGUGUCCCCCCUGGAACAGGCUCUCACACAACAUGGUGCCCAUGGGAACAACCUUAUUGCUGUUCUUGCCAAAUACAUCUACCACAAACACGACCCUGCUUUGCCACGUCUUGCCAUCCAGCUACUGAAACGUCUGGCCACGGUGGCCCCAAUGUCAGUAUACGCCUGCCUGGGCAAUGAUGCGGCUGCCAUCCGUGAUGCCUUCCUGACCCGACUGCAGAGCAAGAUUGAGGACAUGCGCAUCAAAGUCAUGAUUCUGGAAUUCCUCACAGUUGCCGUAGAGACGCAGCCAGGCCUCAUUGAACUGUUUCUGAAUCUGGAGGUGAAGGAUGGCAGUGAUGGCUCCAAGGAAUUCAGCCUUGGGGUGUGGAGCUGUCUCCAUGUGGUGCUGGAGCUGAUUGAUUCCCAGCAGCAGGAUCGCUACUGGUGCCCACCACUGCUGCACCGUGCAGCCAUUGCCUUUCUGCAUGCCCUGUGGCAGGACCGUCGGGACAGUGCCAUGCUGGUCCUCAGAACCAAACCCAAGUUCUGGGAGAAUUUAACCAGUCCACUAUUUGGAACCCUUUCUCCUCCCUCAGAAACAUCCGAGCCCAGCAUCCUGGAAACCUGUGCCCUAAUCAUGAAGAUAAUUUGCUUGGAGAUAUACUAUGUAGUUAAGGGCUCAUUAGACCAAUCUUUAAAAGAUACACUCGAGAAAUUUUCCAGUGAGAAACGCUUUGCCUACUGGUCAGGGUAUGUCAAGUCCUUGGCAGUUCACACGGCUGACACAGAGGGCAGCAGCUGCACCUCCCUGGUAGAGUAUCAGAUGCUGGUCUCCGCCUGGAGGAUGUUUCUCAUCAUCGCCACCAGUCACGCGGAGAUAAUGCACCUGACCGACUCUGCAGUGCGUCGCCAGCUCUUUCUUGACGUGCUCGAUGGGACCAAGGCGUUACUCCUAGUCCCCGCCUCCGUGAACUGCCUCCGCCUGGGCUCCAUGAUGUGCACGCUGCUGCUUAUUCUUCUCCGGCAGUGGAAGAGUGAGUUAGGUUCUGUGGAUGAAAUCCUCAGACCCUUGACGGAGAUCCUGGAGGGAGUGUUGCAGGCAGACCAGCAACUCAUGGAGAAGACCAAGGCCAAGGUGUUCUCAGCGUUUAUCACGGUGCUGCAGAUGAAGGAGAUGAGAGUGAGUGACAUCCCCCAGUACUCCCAGCUGGUGCUGAACGUCUGUGAGACCCUCCAAGAAGAGGUGAUUGCACUCUUCGACCAGACCCGCCACAGUCUGGCAUCAGGCAGUGCCACAGAGGACAAGGACAGCAUGGAAACUGACGACUGCUCCCGGCCCCGGCACAAGGACCAGCGGGAUGGGGUGUGUGUCCUGGGCCUGCAUCUGGCCAAGGAGCUGUGUGAGGUGGACGAGGAUGGCGACUCGUGGCUGCAGGUGACCCGCAGGCUCCCCCUCCUGCCGACCCUCUUCACCACCCUGGAGGUGAGCCUUCGCGUGAAGCAGAACCUGCAUUUCACCGAGGCCGCGCUGCACCUGCUCCUCACCCUGGCUCGCACCCAGCAGGGGGCCACAGCAGUGGCUGGAGCCGGCAUCACCCAGAGCAUUUGUUUGCCCCUCCUGAGUGUGUACCAGCUCAGCACCAAUGGGACAGUGCAGACGCCCGGCACCUCUCGGAAGUCCCUGGAUGCCCCGUCUUGGCCGGGUGUCUACCGCCUGUCCAUGUCCCUGAUGGAGCGGCUCCUCAAAACCCUUCGCUACAACUUCCUGACCGAGGCCCUGGACUUCGUGGGGGUUCACCAGGAGCGGGCCUUACAGUGCCUCAAUGCGGUGAGGACGGUGCAGAGUCUGGCGUGCCUGGAGGAGGCGGACCACACCGUGGGCUUCCUCCUGCAGCUCUCCAGCUUCAGGAAGGAGUGGCACUUCCACCUGCCUCAGCUUAUGCGGGACGUCCAGGUAAACCUGGGCUACCUGUGCCAGGCCUGUACCUCCCUCCUGCACAGCCGCAAGAUGCUGCAGCACUACCUGCAGAACAAAAACGGGGAGGGCAUCCCCUCGGCUGUCGCCCCCCGAGCUCAGCGGCCACCCACAGCUGCCCCCUCCUGCUCCUCCUCCAAGCAGCCCACUCCUGACACAGAGGCCUCGGAGCAGCGGGCCUUGCACACCGUCCAGUACGGGCUCCUCAAGAUCCUCAGCAGGACCCUGGCGGCCCUGCGCCACUUCACCCCCGACGUGUGCCAGAUCCUGCUGGAUCAGUCCCUGGACCUCGCUGAAUACGACUUCCUGUUUGCCCUGAGCUUCACCACUCCCACCUUUGACUCUGAAGUGGCCCCCUCUUUUGGGACCCUUCUGGCCACAGUGAACGUGGCCCUAAACAUGCUUGGAGAGCUGGACAAGAAAAAGGAGCCUCUUACCCAGGCAGUGGGGCUCAGCACACAAGCGGAAGGGACCAGAACACUGAAGUCCCUCCUGAUGUUUACCAUGGAGAACUGCUUCUACCUGCUCAUCUCCCAGGCAACGCGUUACCUUAGGGACCCGGCUGUGCACCCCCGGGACAAGCAGCGGAUGAAGCAGGAGCUCAGCUCAGAGUUGAGCACUCUGCUCUCCAGCCUCUCACGCUACUUCCGCCGGGGAGCCCCCAGCUCCCCUGCUGCUGGCAUCCUUCCCUCGCCUCAGGGCAAGGCCACCUCCCUCUCCAAGGUCAGCCCUGAGAGUCAGGAGCCUCUGAUCCAGCUCGUGCAGGCCUUUGUCCGACACGUGCAGAGAUAGGGCGUCGGCCCGCCGCCCGCCUUCCACCCUCCACCAGCCUGCAUGGCAGCCCUGGGCAGCAGGGGUGCUGCUGGCCUGAGGGGCCUGUCUGGGGCUGAGAGCAGCUCCUGUCACCCUCCCCAGAGUAGCCAUGACUCCAGCCACCGGCCACCAGUCCCCAGCGUUAUUUUUGUAAUAGAUCAAGAGGUCAACAGCGGGGAGCCACGAGUCUGCUGCGCUCAGUCUCACGUUCAGAAUGCCCAUUUAGAAUGCCCCCAAGAGGUGUAUUCCUUUCCUCCAAGCAUUCCCCACAGCACUUGACCCUGGCCCAGGGGAGAGAUGGGGGAGCCAGUGUCACGUGCAGCCAGGAGAGGCUGUACGCACGGGUUUGAGAAUCUUUUCCACGCUCUGUUCUUGCAGUUUUGGGUAAUAUUGUGGUCUAUUUAUACAAAUAUUAAAAUACUGUUUAUAUACAA